CUAAAAGGCUUCCGGAUCCCGGGGGCAACGGAGGCCAUCAUCACGGCAUUAUUCGCCGACGACACGACUGUAUAUUUGUCCGCAGAGGACAGAUACAGUGAUCUCCUCGACAUUCUAGACGGAUGGUGCAGAGCGUCGCGAGCAAAGUUUAACAAAAACAAGACGGAAAUCAUACCGAUAGGUACCGUAGAGUUCCGCGAGAGGGUGUGGCAGACGAGGAAGAUCGACACGAACGAAACGGAAACGAUUCCACCAGACGCGAGAAUCUUGAAAGACGGGGAGGCGGCCAAACUGCUUGGAACCUGGAUCGGGAAUGGAAUAGACGAGGCAGGCGUAUGGUCGGACACGGUGGACAAGGUGAAACGAAGCCUAGAUAGAUGGCAGGUAGCAAGACCAACGCUGCGAGGGAAGGCCCUCGUCGUACAGAUGGUUGUUGGAGGACUCACCCAAUAUAAAACGAGAGUCCAAGGAAUGCCGAACACGGUGCUAGAAGACUUGAACAAGAUGAUACGGAGUUUUAUGUGGGGAGAAGGCCGUGCAUCCCCGAUAGCAAUGGCCGAACUCCAACGACCCACAGAAGAAGGA